CUUAAUUAAUUAUAGGUUUUAAGUAAACAUGCUAAAAGUGAGAUCGAGUACCAAUUUCUAAACGGAAACACUGAACGCGUCGCAGCGAAGACAAAUAAAAUAUCAAUCAGCUGGAACUAAUAAAAUAUAAAACAAAUCAAAGGCGAAUUUUGGCACAGCAUGAGCCAAAGUUUUAAAAGUCCAAUGCACGGCGGAGGCGGCGAAGGCGAUGCAGCUUCCCUCUCGGAGCGUCAGUCCUCGGAGGAUGUGCCGGACUCCACGACAACAACGACGGCGACUACAACAGCCGGCGACGCUGGCGGCGGCGGUGGAGGAGCUCCAAGGGAUGGCGGCGAGGAUGAUUUCACCGAUGACAACAAUUUCGAAUCAAAUUUGCGACGUCGCAAAGGAAAAAUAAUAUCCUGUGCCAAGGAGACCAUCGAAAAUGCUUCCCGCCAAUUACGACGCAAAGUGCCCUACGCCGGCCAUUUGAUGACGCCUCGACGCCUCUGGCUCAAUAAAAUUCCCACACAAUGUGACGUGGUUAUUGAAUUUCCCGAGGAUGCGCCAGACGAGGCGCUCCGCUGGCUCCUGGCCCGCAUCCGCUCCCAACCGCCGGCUGGUCUGGGUCUCCUGGUCCAGGUCAAGGCCCACGAGAGCACGCGAAGGAAUGCCUUCUAUGUCAGUGCUCCGGUUAAUGUUCUUUUUAGAGCCGCCGAGGAAGCCCGCCUGCCCAAGCGUUUACGACCGGAUUUGGGCGGUGCUCUGAGGGAGUUUACCACCCGCGAGAGUCAUUGCUUUCAGCAGUUGCGCGGCGACGUGGGUAGCACAGCACUUUUCACCUCCCAGGAGCGACAGUGGCUGGUCCUUCAGGUGCUACAGGGUCUAAGAGCCGGCUGCAGUGACAUCGAUGCCCUACAUGGGAGGGCGGCCGUCGCCGAGGGUCAGAGCAUCGUGGCCGCCUGGCAGGAGUCCGGCCUGAUCACACAGGUCUUCCCGCUGCACGAGCCCAGUUCGCUGACCCAGCUCCAGACGCACUGGGUUAAGCAGAUAUUCGCCCCGCAACCCUUGGAUGACAUUGCUGCCUAUUUCGGCGUAAAGGUUGCCUUGUACUUUGCCUGGCUGGGCCAUUACACCUGCGCUCUGGGCGUUCCCGCUGUUUUUGGCACUAUUCUCUACUUCAUUCUGUGGGGCAAGGGACAAACGGCCCAGGACAUGGGACACGUGCUGUUCUCCCUGUUCAACGUGGCCUGGGCUUCACUGUAUCUGGAAGCCUGGAAGCGUUAUUCCGUGGAGUUGGCCUUUCGGUGGGGCACUUUAUCAACGCCGCCGGAGCUGCUGGAACCACCGAGACCCUUGUAUAAGGGUCCUUUGGAGGAGAACAAUGUGACGGGUCGUUUGGAGCCAAAGGAGGCGCCGGCUUGGCAGCGUCGCGCGUUUCGCUAUCUGGUCAGCUUUCCCAUUAUCGGAUGUUGCCUGUGCGUGGUCUUCGCUGUGAUGUUCCUCAUGUUGCGCUUUCAGGACUGGUGGGACUCCAAGUUGCCGGAGGACAGUGUUUUGUGCUGUCUGAGUGUCAUACCAAAAGUCCUGCUGGCAGGAGCCAUUACCUUGAUGGACGAGGCCUACUUCAAGCUGGCCGUUUGGCUAAAUGAUCGGGAAAACUAUCGCCUGCAGUCGAAAUACGAGAACCAUCUGAUAGCCAAAGUGGCGCUUUUCCAGUUUGUGAACUCCUUCUUAUCCCUCUUCUAUAUAGCAUUUUAUUUGAGGGAUGAGGAGAAGCUCAAAGAGCAACUGGCUGGUCUGCUCAUCUCCCGCCAAAUCAUUGGAAACCUGCGCGAGUCGGCACUCCCCUACUUCGUUGAGCAAUGGAAGCUGGCCAAGCUGAGCUUCAAUAUGUGGGGUGCCCUUAGCCCUACCCAAAAUGUGACCCGCAGCCUGGCCGAGGAGCUGGCCACCGCAGAGGCGGAACUAAAAGCAGAGGCCACUGGCACACCCACCAAAACCCAUCAGCCGGAGUCGUCGAGUAAGAGGAAUAUUGGUCAGGCCGAAAUAGAGAGCUCGUUGUACAAGUAUGAUGGCACUUUUUCGGACCAUUUGGAGAUGCUCGUUCAAAUGGGCUAUGUGGUGCUCUUCUCGGCCGCCUUUCCCCUGGCUGGAGUUUGUGCUCUGAUUAAUAACCUGAUGGAGAUUCGCUCGGAUGCCUUUAAGCUGGCCCAUGUUCAUCAGCGUCCGUUUGGGCAGCGAGUGGCCAACAUUGGCACCUGGCAAAAUGCCCUGAGCAUCCUGUCGCUCGCCGCCGUCAUCGUGAAUUGCGCUCUGAUUGGCCUCUCUGGACAGGUGUCGAGGCUGUGGCCAGGAUUGACCACCGCGCAGACAAUCAUUUUGAUUGUCACCCUCGAGCACAUAAUGCUGGGUCUGCGGCAGGCACUCACUUGGCUCCUGCCGGAGUUGCCCUCGUGGCUGGCGGCGGAAAUCGCACGCGCCGAGCAUUGCCGCCGGGAAAUGCAGUGCAAGGGCACCUCGCCACGGCCCACACCACCUACCCCGCAGUCGACCACGUCCACGCAGCCGGAACAGGAGGGUCCCGGCGGACUGCAAAUGGAGAGCGGGGCGAACACCACCCGAGAUCAGUCCAUGGAGAGUCAGGUGGCCGAGGAUUUGCUGCUCUAUGGACAGGAGUUCGCUGGCUAUGGCCGUAAUAUCGAGGCGGAUGUUAAUAUUUAUGAGAACCGUGAUUCGUCACCCGACUCGCCUCCCUCACAGACAAGCACCAUACUGAUAAGACCGCUGCAUGAGUCAACACCGCCGCAUGGAGGAGCCUCCCUGACCAGUCUGCAUCAGGACGGUAAUGGCGGAGCCUAUCAGAGUUGUGUUAGAAAAUCGAAAAUUUGUAUACCGGAAAUUCCGCCAUAUCUCGGAUAUUCAGUGCGAAAUUUAACCACUUUCCCUGGUAACAACCCAAAAACGCAACAACGCCAGAAGCUACAAAGCGGAGCUUCCGCCAGCACGCUAGCGCUGAACUCGGCCUUAUACGCAGCCCGCAUGCAGUCCAUGCAUAUUCAAGAAAUACCGCCCUUCCGAAAGAAGUCUACCGACUCGGCCGAGCACACCGGCAGCAGCGCCAGCAGCAGUCCCCAGCGAACCACGAUGCGACAGCUGUCGGCGCAGAGGGAUCCCCAGCAGACGAUCCCCGAGAUACCACCGUUCAAGACGCGCAAGAUAUCUGCGGAGAGCGCCAUGCAUCUGAAUAUGAGCGACAAGCUACACAUAAAACUUCAUGCACCAGAAUGGAUGUCACGUUUAAAAGUCAACGACAAUGCAAAUCUGCAUAGAAGCAUAGAUUGUAUCUCAAAGGAACUCGGAAAAACGGCAGAUACAGCGGAUGUUCUGAAGCCAGCCCCGUCCUGGUGCAAUGUGGCCAUGAGGCCGGGAGCACCUGGCAACAAUUUGGCCACCCCACCAGCCUCCCAGCACCAGCAGCAAAUAGUGGCCUCAUCAUCCUCGUCCUCCGGCGGUGGCGGCAGUGUCUUUAGUCCCAGUGGCGCAGGACCCACUGUAGCAUCCGGCGUUGGGAUCAGUAAUUCCCAGUCAAGACCCAGUGUGGGUGCACUAUCGAACUCCUCAUCCAGUUCAUCCCAUAAACAGCAACUGAAGCAGCAGGCCAAGGAGGAGAAGCAGCAGGCGAAGGAGGAAAAGCAGCAGGCCAAGGAGGAGAAGAAGCGGGAAAGGGAGGAGGAGAAAGAAAGGGAGAAGGAAAGGGAAAAAGAGAAAAAGGAAGAAAAAAAUAAGGACGCCCAGGGAGCAGCGGCAUCAUCCUCUACAGCCACUACUGAUGACGAAGCUAAGGCUGCUGAAUUGGCCGCCAAGAAAUCGCGUCUUAAGCAAAAACUGGUGAAGAGUGCGAGGUCCGUGGCCAUUUUUUCACUUAAGCUAAAGGAGCGCAGGCAGCGGGAGGCGGAGAAGGCAGCCACCAUAGCAGUGGAGCAUGCCAAGGCUCUGGCCAAGCUUCCGAUGCCGCAGCCCGUGGGCGGCGAACUGUCCCUAAUACCCAUCGAACACCUCAUUCAAAUCGAGGAUAUCAUUCCUGCGAUGAAAGCGGCGAGCUCCUCGGCAGCACCCACAUCCUCCAGCCAAGCCGGCCCAUCGACGUAUCACCAUCAGCAGCAGCAGCAGCAGCAUUACCAUCCACCUUCAAAUGCACAUCCGCACACGGAUAAUUAGGCUUCUAACUAUUAAGAUUGAUAACCACCCUGUCGCACACUUUGUAAAUAGUUUUCUAUGCACCCGCCCCCAUCUAGCCGAGAUUUUAUCAAAGUUACUGAUGAUAUAUGAGCAAAUUUGCUGAAUGUGUGUCUUGUCCAGAGUUGGAAGCAACUAAUUAAACUAUACAUAUAGUGGUUAUCGUAUAGCGAAAUUAAGUCACUCAAUUAACUAAUACGAACAGGUUUUUCGUAUAUCAUUUAUCAGGUUUUGUAUGCAAGGAGUUCAAUUGAAAAUGUUGAUGGCAAAAGGGAAACCGGGUACUACAUCCACAGAAAUCGUAGUCAGCAUACAAAACGAUAAGUUUUAAGAGUUGUGAAACGAAUUUUGGUUUAGCGUUUUAGCUGUUAAUGUGUUUUUGGUAGUCAUUGUUGCUUAGCGUUAGCCGUAAAAACCAAUUUGUUACUUGAAAAGUGUUGAAAAAGUUGCAUUUGCAUUUAUGUUGCCAGUGAACGAAUAUUGAAUAAUUACGAAUAUUGAUUAAACGAACACAAUCAAACACUCUCACACGAGAAUCAAAAGCAGACAACACAACGACACGCAUAACUGUGAGAUAAUAUCGUCCAUUGUUCCUUCCAUAUACAAGGAUAUCGCCUUCGCACUCGCUUUUAGCUAUGGUACAACAGAUCGUAUUCGGAUAGAGAACUAUUACUAAUUGCAGCUUGCUGUCAGCGGAGAACUACUCAUUCUUUGCUGCAAAUAGUUUCCUCGUUUUACUAUGUAUUGUGCUAGCUUGAUCCAAAACAAAAGGAAAGAAUUUCACCCGCUAUCGACAGUCUAGUCAGAAGCUCUACACUUUACCAUAGAUGCACCCUAACACAAAGGAUAUUUGUAAAUAUACUGUAGCCCAUAAGUGUAAUUUAAAUGAGGUAUACAAACUAUACUGAUGUAAUGAUUAUAUGUGCUCUUGUGUUGAAUGAAUUCAAAGUAAAGACAUUCAUUAAAAGAGAA